AUGGGAAAUUUUCCAAAGCUCCCAGAAGGUACGAAACUUUCGGUGGGCACUCAUCAUGCCACUAUCCUUAAAUAUCUAUCAGAAGGCGGCUUUGCCCAUAUUUACAAGGUAAAGAUAGAACCAAAAGUAGAAGAUACAGAUAUCGCAUGUUUAAAGAGAGUUAUUGUCCCUGAUAAGAAUGGUUUGCACCAAUUGAGAAAAGAAGUGGAUGUAAUGAAAAUGCUCCGCCACGGAAGGAAUAUUGUAAGAUACUAUGAUUCACACGCUGAACGGCUAGAAAAUGGCACUUAUCAAGUAUUAGUUCUCAUGGAAUUGUGUCCGAAUAAAUCACUUUUAGAAUAUAUGAAUGCAAGGCUCAAGACAAAAUUAACUGAAUCUGAGAUUCUUAAAAUACUUUUUGAUAUUUGCUUAGGAGUUUAUGAGAUGCAUAGGCUUAAGCUAAUUCAUAGGGACAUAAAGAUUGAGAAUGUGUUGAUUGAUGCCAGGCAUAAUUUUAAGCUAUGUGAUUUCGGGUCUACGACGAACCCAAUCAUGCCUCCUCAGGAUCAACAACAAUUUCAAGCUCUUAGUCACGAUAUUUUAUAUCAAACAACACCACAAUAUAGAUCUCCCGAGAUGAUCGAUCUUUACAAGGGCUUUCCAAUCGAUGAAAAAGCGGAUAUUUGGGCUUUAGGUUGUUUUUUGUAUAAAUUAUGUUAUUAUACAACACCAUUUGAAGCAUCUGGAGAUAUUGCAAUUCUCCAUGCAUCUUUUCAAUUUUUACCACAGCCUGUUUAUUCCGGGGAUUUGAAAAACUUGAUUAUAAUAAUGCUUCAAGACAAUCCUCUUUUCAGACCAAAUAUUGUUCAAGUAUUGAUGUUGGUCACUGCCAUGAUGAAAAUUGAUUUCAACGAAUUGGGAGUGGCAGAUUUUUACAAAGCCGGACCAUUCAAUUUCCAUGCGCUUCACGAAUAUCAACGCCAUAAGCAGAAUGAACUAUUAAAACAACAACAGCUAUAUUAUCAACAACAAGCUCUCUCGGGAUCCGCCCCUCCCCCGAUAAGCUCUCUGCCACAGAGUCCAAGUUUGCCCACUCAGGCCACUGCCAACCCAUCAAUAGUUGAAGGUGCCCCUCAUAUUACCAAGGAGAAUUUGUCACAGCGAGCUUCUGCUUCACCACCGCCUGCUGACAUAGGCAACAAUUUGGAAAGAGCAGAAAGUGACCCCACAGAGGAAAAUGAAACUUUUGAUGAUUUGGAGAGCUUCAAUAACGUACAAGAAAGAUAUCCAUCACUUGAAGAUUUAUUGAUUGAUCCCGAGGGCCAAGACCAUGAAUCUAGGUCACCACUGCAACCAGAAAAUUUUGAAACGGUCGAAUAUCCCACGAGACCAAAGGUAUUGAGCUCAACUGCACUUCAAGCAAUGACAUCUGAACAACUUGCUCAGUAUAACCAACAGCAUGAGACGUAUCGAUAUAAUAUGAAUCAAUAUCGUCUCCAUGAACAAGAGAGAUUAAAGCAAGAACAAUUACACGGAAUUAAGAGACAAACUUAUGCGCCAAAUUCUAGUGAUGCUAAACCGAAAGGUUCGGCUGAUUUAGAAAGGACAAAUGCGUGGGAAGUGCACCCUAAAAGAGUCGAUAAAGAUGCAGAGAGACUAGCCGACGAUAUUUUUUCAAAAGAGUCCCCGUCGGAGUCACAUAGACGUAAGAGCAGCGAGGGCUCAAGAAAAGAAGAUCUUGAGGUCAAAAAUCUCUCUAACGACGACUUACUGUCUCCCAUAGAUCGAAAAGUAAGCGCGGAGAGUUUACACGAAUCAAAGACGGGAAAAACGGUAUCUGACGAUCUUGAAGCUGGUAUUCCAACAUCUGUUGAGAAUCAGCCUCUUACGGAAGAUGUUAGGUCGAGCUUUCAGAAUGAUGAUGUUGAGGAACCUGUUACUUCAACACUCUACUCCGAUACUCAGAUGAUAACUCCAAGUAACAGUUCUAAGUCGAGCAGAGGUGCAAAUCCGUUCCCCAUUCCUCAAAAGAAUGGUAUAACACAUAGUAAUGAACUAUCUACAAUUCUACCUUCAGUAGACUAUAAGCAAAAGGUUUAUCAGGAUCAGCGCAAUGGUGGCAAUCCUUGGGGUGGAUACAGCAGACAAGUUCCUAUGACAAAUUCUACUUCUAUGUACGGACAGUUGGACCAAAGUCAGUUGGAGAAGAGACAACAACUUGAUCAAAGACACAUGGAUAAACGACAGCUAGACCAAAGACAGCAAGAUCAAAGACAUCUGGACCAGAUGCAGUUAGAUCAACGGCAAUUAGAUCACAGAAAGUUGGAUCACGGAAAAUUGGAUCACAGGAAGUUGGAUCACAGACAAUCAGACCACAGACAUUCGGACCAAAGAAAAAAUAACUUACAGGACCAACUCGGAGCAUUGAGACUUAAUGACAAUCAAGGGGUUAUGGAGUCUAGGGGCUUCGCAGAAACUGAUGAGCCAAACUUAAUUGACUUGGAGGUUGGACUUGACUCCUCGGCUUCUUCAAUAGCGACACCUAUCCUCAAGCUGUCACAUACUAGAGAUCAAAUUUCUUACUUAGAUUCUGAAGAUUCUGGAUCUGAAUUAAAUGUCGAAACUAUUCAUCCAGGGGAACCAAAGCACCACUUCAAAAAACGUAUUCCUUCAAUCCAGAACCCAUCAAACUUUAAAUUUGAAGAAGAAGUUAUUGAUUUUGCUUCUGAUGAUGAGAACCCAGAAAAUAGUUCCAAAAUGAACCGUUUAUCCAUAAGGAAUUCUUUGAAGAAACAGCCAAGAGAUAAACCAAAAACCAGAAAGACUAGUGACCAUAAAAAAGCUGAGGCUACAACUAUCGAGAACAAGAAGAGGCUCUCGUUAUUUGGCGGAAAUACUAGUGGUAACUAA